AUGGAGGGGAACAAUCAGACUACAGUCACAGAAUUCCUCCUCCUAGGAUUCUUUGGACAGUCAGAUCGAGAAGAGGUUGUCUUUGGGGUGUUCCUGUGGACGUACCUGGUCACUCUCAUUGGGAACCUUCUCAUCAUCUUGGCCAUCAGCUGUGACCCUCACCUCCACACACCCAUGUACUUCUUCUUGGCCAACCUCUCCAGUGUCGACAUCUGCUUUUCAUCAGUCACCGUCCCCAAGAUGCUAGUGAAUCACUUGGUGGGUAGCAGGUCCAUCUCCUAUGUGGGGUGCAUGACCCAGAUGUAUUUCUUCAUCACUUUUGGCAACAUGGAUGGCUUCCUCUUGAGUGCAAUGGCCUACGACCGCUAUGUGGCCAUCUGUCGCCCACUGCACUACUCCUUGAUCAUGAGGCCCAGACUCUGUGUCCUGCUGGUGGCCAUAUCAUGGGUUAUCACAAACAUGCACGCUCUCUUACACACUCUUCUGAUGAUCCGGCUUACCUUUUGUUCAGACAACACAGUGCACCACUUCUUUUGUGAUCCCUACCCUUUACUGAAGCUCUCCUGUUCUGAUACCUUCAUCAAUGACAUGGCAGCUUUCACUGUGGGAGGGGUGAUCUUUCUAACACCAUUCACCUGCAUCGUGGUCUCCUAUGCUUACAUCUUCUCUAACGUGCUGAGAGUGCCAUCUGCCCGUGGCAUAAGGAAAGCCCUGUCCACCUGUGGGUCUCACCUCACUGUGGUGUCCCUCUUCUAUGGGGCCAUCCUGGGAGUCUAUAUGCAUCCUUCGUCCUCCUUCUCAGUGGCGGACAUGGUGGCCACUGUCCUCUUCACAGUGAUGACACCCCUGGUCAAUCCCUUCAUCUACAGCCUGAGGAAUCGUGACAUAAAAGCAGCCCUAAGGAAGAUAAUUCUCAGAUCCCAUAAUUAG